AUUCGCAUACAUUGAACCUACUAUAAGGCCCUUCGUUGGCUACGCCGUUAAAAUGUGAGACAAUCUUCCUAGCUCUCUGUGCUUCUGUGCUUGGACAUAGACGAUGUUUUUCGUGAUCUUCGACCCUGAAUUCUCGGCCUAAUUACGGGGAGGUCCGCUUAAGCCUUAAGCCUAAGGCUUUCUGGGGUUGAGCGGCUAUUUGGAGAUUUGGUGCAGAUAAGUAGCCUUUGCUUCCUUGAGGAUGUAGAAGGAAAUGAAAAUGCUUAGGAGGGUUAUGCCUGAUUUUGUUGGAGUUCGUGGAGUUUAUGAAUGGCUUCAACAGAGAGGAAAAGACAUACAAACUAGGGUUUUAGGGGUUUUGGGUUUAUGGGUCUGAUCUGAAUUGUUGUUCGGAACAAGCAAUGGAAAGGAAUUUACCGCAAGGAGAUAUGAUUCCAGGUGGGUCUUCCUACGGAGGGUUUGACUUGCAAGGAUCAAUGAGAGUUCAUCAUCAAGCACAACACCCGCAUUCAAUGCACCAACAUCAGUCUCAUUCUCGCCAAGGGCCUUCAGUACAUCCCUCGAUUCAUGUGGGUUUCCCGCUCACAAUGGGAACCAUGCAAAACUGUGAUCAAACCAUUCCCAUGGCAGAUUUCAACAAGGGAGAGAGGAGCAAAAACUCGGUGAGCGAUGAGGACGAUCCAAACUUUACUGAAGAGGGUGUUGAUGGUCAUAAUGAAGCAAACAGAGGGAAAAAGGGAUCGCAAUGGCAGCGUGUGAAGUGGACUGAUAAGAUGGUGAGGCUUCUGAUUACUGCUGUUUCUUAUAUAGGAGAGGAUGCUGCUUCAGAUUGUGGUAGUGGGGGGAGAAGAAAAUUUGCGGUGCUACAGAAAAAGGGUAAGUGGAAAUGUAUUUCAAAGGUCAUAGCUGAGAGGGGUUAUCAUGUUUCGCCCCAGCAGUGUGAGGAUAAAUUCAACGACCUUAACAAAAGGUAUAAGAAACUUAAUGACAUGCUUGGGAGGGGCACUUCUUGCCAGGUUGUUGAGAACCCUGGACUUUUGGAUGUGAUAGAUUACCUGUCGGAGAAAGAGAAAGAUGAUGUUAGGAAAAUAUUAAGCUCAAAGCAGUUGUUCUACGAAGAGAUGUGUUCUUACCAUAAUGGCAACAGAUUGCAUUUGCCUCAUGAUCCAGAAUUGCAGCAUUCAUUACAGUUGGCUCUUAGAAGUAAAGAAGACCAUGAUAAUGAUGACGUCAGGAGGCACCAACAUGAUGAUCUUGAUGAAGAUGACCAAGAUGUGGAAACUGAUGAUCCUGAUUACUUUGAGGAGAAUCACAUUUCACAUGGGGAUAAUAGGGGGAUGUAUGGAGUGUUAGGGUCAUCAAAGAAAUUAAAACAAAGUCAGGGCCAUGAAGAUGUUAGUUUUGGGAAUUCCUUGAGUUCCCAGGACUACAACAGAAGUCCUUAUUCUCAUGCACCAAUUGCCCAAGCUGAUAUGAAUCAAGCCUUACCUGAGAGCACAAAAGCAGCCUGGUUACAAAAGCAGUGGAUUGGGUCGCGCUCGCUUCAGUUAGAAGAACAGAAGCUACAAAUUCAAGUUGAAAUGUUGGAAUUGGAGAAACAGCGGUUCAAAUGGCAGAGGUUUAGCAGGAAAAGAGACCGUGAGUUGGAAAAGCUGAGGAUGGAAAAUGAGAGGAUGAAACUUGAGAAUGAGCGUAUGUUACUAGAAUUGAAACAAAAGGAAAUGAGUGCUGGCUUUAACUAGUUGUCUGGUCUUAUCAAACUUAGUUCACUGCUAUGGCUACAUGCUUGCUAUACAAUUACAGUCUCCUUCUGCUGCUGGUAAGCUGCAGUUGGUUUCAAGUGGAGUGUCCAAUAUUUGAUGGAGGAACCUUGCUGGAAAUCAUUUAUGCUGCCUGCCUAUCGUAAACGUAGAUAUUUUGAUGGCAAUCAUUCAUUUGCCUUAAAUGAAUGGUUGAGGGAUUUUGUGGCUAGCAUUUCCUGUUUUUACUUUGUAAGUUCGAAUACUUAAUAUUAUAAUUAAGUUGUUGUUCUCUUCAUGAAA